AUGGCUUUGAACCAGCUCCUCCCCCGCCUUCCCUCCCUCUCCGUCCUCGCCACAGCCGACAACGUCUGCCGCAUCGACAUCACCGUUCUCUUCCCUGACUGUGCCUCCAUCGAGAUCGGCGUCCCGCCCGAGCAGCCGCACUCGGUUGACGUCCAGCCUUCCACCAUCUAUGUGACCGUCACUCCUCCUACCGUCACUGCUUACCCUCCUCGUGGCGAGCACCCUCGUGGUCCCGGAGCCGGUGGUCCUGGUGGACAUCCCCACUGGCCUGUCACUGCUACUACCACUUGCGAUGAGGAAGGCCUCGUGACGGCUAUGCCUAUCCCUACUGGCAAGCCCCCUUUUGGUCCUGGUGGUCCGGGUAACAAUGGCCCUGGCGGACCUCGCAGACCUGGCGGACCUGGCAGUGGUGGUCCCGGUUCCGGUAACAAUGGACCGGGCAAUGGCAACAGCGGGCCCGGUAAUGGUGGCCCGGGUAACAACGGACCUGGCAAUGGUGGCCCUGGCAAUGGCAACAACGGUCCCGGCAACAACGGUCCCGGCAACAACGGUCCCGGCAACAACGGUCCCGGCAACAACGGCGGUCGCCCCACCACCACCACCCUCGCCACCAUCACCCGCCCUGCUCUUCCUACCUCCACCAGCACCUCUUGCCCUCUCCCACCCUUCCUCUCUAUCUCCACCACCCUCACCGACCUCCUCGACCUUGACUUCAAGCUCUAUCUCGACCUCGCCUCUCUCACCUCCGGGGUCUCCCUUUUGGAUUCCGUCAUCCCCGGCCUCGGCAACCUUUUGGGAGCCAACAACCUCCCCGCUUCUGCUACCAACCCGCCUACCACUCAGCGAUCUCGCUUCAGGACUUUGCCUUGCGGUACUUCGCUUGGUUCGCUGCCUGGUGCUAGCACCGGUACUGUUCCCAUUGAUGGCCCUGCCGGUAACGGACCUAAUGGCUCUGAUGGAAAUGGAAACGGCCCCGAUGGCAAGGACGACGGCAAGAACAACAACAACAACAACAACAACAACAACAACAACAACAACAACAACAACAACAACAACAACAACAACAACAACAACAACAACAACAACAACAACAACAACAACAACAACAACAACAACAACAACAAUAACAACUGGUAA